AGAAUGACGACAGGAUAAGUGCCUUAAAUGGAAUGCGGAUGUGAUUCUACGAGCAUAAAAGCCGAACAAACUCUUAAAAUGUGAAAAGUAAAGAAAAUAUGGGAAAGAAAUUAUUUCAUGGGCCCUAGUUUCUUUUCUGGCCAUGGUGCUGAAUCCACACAGAUACGCGGCAGCUUUGGAUCCCAGGGAGGAUCGACAUGCACGAGCAGGAUGUCUCAUGGCAGCGACAUUCUUCCUACCUUUACUCGCCAACAAACUCAAUUCCGUGGUUCUUUUCAGCGCCUUCUUCAUCUACAUUGGAUUGAUUGUGCCAUUGCUUCUCAGCUACAUAACCCUCGGAAGUUUGUUCCACGGACUAAAAGCCAUUAUCAACCUCGACACUACAGUGGAUGACGAAGGAUCCGAUUGGAAAACUUUGGUGAUGUUCUUCAUGCUAGCAGAAAAAUACUUUUGCCCGAAGGAUCGCCUUGCGUGCCUCUACGCUUUGUUAUUUUACACCAUCUUGGCUUAUUUGAAGAAAUCUCUCAAGCCCGGUAACCUUAUUUCGGGCAAAAAUGUGGAUCGCGUAAAAAACCUUGCACACUCGCCAAUGGAGCCAAGUAUUCCAGACGAGUUCAGUAACCGACUUGCUGCGCAUGACAUCGACGUUUCUCGCCGUGCGCCUGGGCAAAGCAGUCGCCACAACUGCGGUGCUCAUGAUGUUCACCAUGCAAUUCAAUGA